CCAUUUUUGUGCUGUCAGUCCGAAACGUAAACAAGGAGGAUAUUUUCUUGUGCAAAACACUCAAUUUUCUCCACUAAAAACCAGUGAAAUUGUGCGCAAUGGCAGGUGGCACUCCUCGUGUGCCCAUCUCGCAGCUCUUGGCGGACAAGACAGGCGAUGAGGAGCCCAAGAAGAAGUCCCGCGAGGACUGGCGCAAGGCGAAGGAGCUGGAAGAGGCCAGAAAGGCAGGAACAGCUCCGGCAGCCGUGGAUGAGGAAGGCAAGGACAUCAAUCCGCACAUUCCGCAGUACAUCUCUUCCGCGCCCUGGUAUUACGGCGCCGCGGGGCCCACGCUCAAGCAUCAGCGGCCGCAGGAGGAGAAGAAGAAGCAGUACUCCUCGAUUGAUGAGUGGUACAAGAAGGGCGUGGACACCACCAGGAUAGCCACGAAGUACAGAAAGGGCGCCUGUGAGAACUGCGGGGCGCUCACGCACAAGAAAAAGGACUGCAUGGAGCGGCCACGGAAAGUGGGCGCCAAGUUCAGCGGCGCGCAGAUUGCGCACGACGAGUUCAUCCAGCCCAACAUCGUGUCUGACUACGACGGGAAGCGCGACCGGUGGAGUGGCUACGAUCCGGCGCAGCACCGGGAGAUUGUGGAGGAGUACCAGAAGGUGGAGGAGGCCAAGAGGGCCCUCAAGGCAGCCAAACUCAAGGACAAUCCGGACGCCGAGCUGUCGGCUGACGAGGAGGAGGACGAGGACAAGUAUGUGGACGAGGUGGACAUGCCGGGCACAAAGGUGGACUCCAAGCAGAGAAUCACGGUGCGGAAUCUGCGCAUUCGCGAGGACACAGCCAAAUACCUGAGGAAUCUCGAUCCCAAUUCGGCCUAUUAUGAUCCCAAGACGCGAUCCAUGCGAGACAAUCCGGAGCCCAACAAGAAGCCGGAGGACUCGGAGUUCGCCGGGGAGAACUUUGUGCGCUUCACGGGAGACACGCAGAAGCACUCGAAGGCGCAGCUGUUCGCCUGGGAGGCGUAUGGGAAGGGCGUGGAUGUGCACAUCCUGGCGGAGCCGACGAAGCUUGAGCUGCUGAAGAAUGAGUAUGAGAAGAAGAAGGAGCAGUUCAAGUCGCAGGUGAAGGACACGAUUCUUGAGCGCUACGGCGGAGAGGAACAUCUGCAGGUGCCGCCGAAGGCACUCCUUCUCGCCCAGACAGAGGAAUAUGUGGAGUACUCGCGCACGGGGAAGGUGAUCAAGGGCCAAGAGAAACAGAUCGUGCGCAGUCGCUACGAGGAGGAUGUCUUCAUCAACAACCACACCACAGUCUGGGGCUCUCACUGGAACGUUGGCCAGUGGGGCUACAAGUGUUGUCACUCCUUCAUCAAGAACUCCUAUUGCUUGGGCGAGAGUGGCAAGACAGCCCAGAUGGCUGUUCCUCCGACUAAAUCCCUUGUCAAAGUGGAGGACAGCGAGAAGGAGAAGCCCGUGGAGGAUGAGGUGGCUGAGAAGAGCAAGAGCAGCAGCAGCAGCAGUAGCAGCAGCGAAAGUGAAUCUGAGGACGAGGAGGACGCGAAGAAGCGCCAGAAGGCCAAGAAGAAGAGCAAGAAGAGGCGCCAGAAGGAGAAGAAGAAGCUGAAGAAGCAGGAGAAAGACAAGCUGAAGGAAGCCCUGCAGGCGGAGGACAAGAGAAACAAGGAAGUGGACGAGAUGAUGAAGCUGGACGAGAGGAAGCGGCCAUACAACAGCAUGUACGAAGUGAAGAAGCCCUCGGAGGAGGAAAUGGAGGCGUUCAUGAUGAAGAGGCGUCGCGAGGAGGAUCCCAUGCUGCAAUUCCUGGAUCCCUGAACCCCGAAAAUCCCCCCAGAAAUCUGUAGAGAAGAAAUGUUCGAUGAAUAAAAAUGUUA